CCCAGGGCACUGGUUGUUGGGGUGAUUGCUGGUAGUGUACAUGUAUGCACGGAGGUAGACAGGAAGGUGAUUGGUGUUGGUUAGGAGAAUGGGAAGUGGUGGUGGUAGAGGAGGUGAAGGCGCGAGGUAGAUAACCAAAGAGGUGAUCAGGCCCUAGCCCCUGAGGAGGUAACUGAGUCGUGAGUGAACGUGCGGUAGGAAGCACUGGCCAGAAGGUGGUGGUGGUGGUGGUGGUGGUGGUGACGACUGGUGCCGUUGGACGGUGUCGGGUCGGAAGGUGGUGUUUUAAGAACCCAGACCAUUUUUUUUUUCUCCAACAAUUCCCUUUUUUUUCCAUUAUUUUUGUGUUUACCCCACCUCCCCCAGUGUUUAUACCAGUGGUUAUUCUGUAUCAGAGUAACCAGUUAUCAAGUUUAUUCAAUCAUUCAAAUGGACACACAGAAAUUGAGUAACAGGAGGGGGAGAAUUUGAUUUUUAGUGGGAAAGAGAAAAAAAAAGAAGGAAGAGGAAUUGGUUGACUUGGUGGAUCACGAGAGGACAAGAGGACAAGAGGACAGGAGGACAAGAGGACAAGAGGACGAAAAGACGUGAGGACGAUAGGACGAGACAGGACGAGAAAACGACCAGAGGACGAGCCGUUGCCGAUUUUAUUUUAAUUUUUCAUUUCGGUGAGACGAAAAAAAAAUUGAAGGAGCAAAAACGGGGGGAAAAAGUGAGACAGCAGAUAAAGGAAAGUGAUAUAUAGAUCAAGUCGGGAACAACUGGGUGGUCGAGGCUUUUGGCCAGCAGUGGAGGACAAGUGCCGGGAGAGAGGAUAUUCUGUUGACGUGACAGACGCCGAUUUAAAUAUUCUAAAACUGUGGCACAGUGGCAUAACCAGAGGUUUUUCCAACGAGGAUUAUUCAAAAUCGAAAUCAUGUCUGACAGGGAGAGCCUCGACGAUCAGCCACAGAAGUACGGAAACCCCGGGGGUGACAGUGGAGGGGCCGAUUUCGAUGCUGGCCAACAUGGACAACAAAGUGAGCAGGAGCUCGCUACUAAAAUGCUACAGAUUCAGAGCAAGCGGUUCUACCUCGAUGUCAAGCAGAACAGACGCGGAAGGUUCAUCAAAGUCGCAGAGAUCGGAGCUGAUGGCAGACGUAGUCAAAUAUUUUUAGCCCUAAGUACAGCGUCAGAAUUUCGUGAUCAUCUCUCAACGUUUAGCGAUUUCUACGCAUCGCUAGGUCCACCAAAUCCGGAGAACGUACCGGACGAUGGAAAGCUCAAAUCCGAGAUGAUGGUGAAGGACAAUAGGCGAUAUUACCUGGACCUCAAGGAAAAUUCCCGUGGUCGUUUCCUGCGGGUGAGUUACCCUGUGUCUCAGACGAUAACACGAGGGGGACCUAGAACACAGAUAGCAAUACCUGCCCAGGGAAUGAUCGAAUUCAGAGAUGCUCUCACGGAUCUUCUCGAGGAAUUUGGCAUCGAUGAUGGCGGAUUCAAGGGGGAUUUACCUGAGGGACGCUAUAUGCGCGUUGACAACAAAAACUUUUACUUUGAUAUUGGGCAGAACAAUCGUGGAAUCUACAUGAGAAUUUCAGAGGUAAAAACAAACUUCAGAACGGCCAUAACAGUGCCCGAGAAAUCAUGGUCUCGGUUUCGUGAUAUCUUCGCAGAUUACUGUGAAAAAAUGAAGGAAGGAGGUGGUGGUGUCAGUAUGAGUGGAAUGGGCCCGGGUAAUGUAAUGUCGGAUGUCAAAGGAUCAGGCAGUGGUCAGCAGGCCUCAUCGCCAUCUUCCUCACAGCCUAAUCCGAAUCCAAAUUUAGAUUCAAAUUUGAUCUGAAGUGAAAAAGGCUUUAACUUAACCAACAAAUGAGAGGGAAAAAAGUAAAAAAAAAAAGGAAACCAUUUAAAAUCAUAAAAUUAUUUUAAACAAAAUCCAUUGGACAAGAUAUAGAAUGAGAAAAAAACUCGUGUACACGUCGUUAAUAUUUUCUUCGCCGUCAUCAUCAUUGCCAUCGCCAUUCAAUUCAUCAACAUUAACCAAUUAUUCAUGACUCUAUUGUUAAGAGUUAAUCCCUUGAUCUUUCACUUGCACCAGAUUUUUUUGAUCACGCACUAUUAGUUUAUUCCCUCGUACUUUUCCAUGCCAAUGAAUAAAUUUAAAACAAAUUUAAAUCGAAUUAGAAAUGUUGAUCGUAUGAAUUAAAUCGUUACGUUGAAACAAUUUGAAUUUGAUCGUUAAGAUUUUAUGAAUAACGAAAAAGAAAAACUAUUGAAUGUUAUGAAUGUUAUUCGACAUGGAGUUACGAUUAUAAUUAUUGCCAUUAUUUCGUUAAUCUUGAGUUGAAAACUAUUAAUUGACUAAUGAGGGCAGCUCUGUGAGGAUAAUGAAUAAAAGGGACACCUUCUACCUCGACUCAGCAGAUGAAUUCACAAUAAAUACCAAAUAAACCCCAACAAAUUGAAACAGAUAAAAUGGCAGAUGAACAGAAACGAGAAGAAAAUUCGUGGGGCGAGUUUAUUUCUGGUUAAAUCGAACGAGAGAAUUUGAAAAAAAAAAAAUGACUACGCUUUCAUUCUGCAAUGCUGUGCUAAUAUCAACAAUUUCAAUAAUGAAGUAAUAUGUAAUUGGCGUUCCCAUCCUAUUGAACAAACGUCAACAACAGAUAAAUAAUACGAGUGGAACGACGAUUAAGUGUUUAAAUAGUAUUUCGCGCUGGUGCGGAAUCCUUAAUCAUUAAUUAUUGAUUAAAGUAGUUGAGGUGAAUUGUAAAUGCAUUACAGAUGGAAAAAAAAAGUGCUAUUUAAUUCGGAGCAUGGACACAGCCCGUGCGUUAUUAAAGAUAAAAGAACAGAUGAAAAGAAAACUAGAGAAAAAAAAAACUAAUUAAAAGUAAUAAUACGAAAGGAGACGGUAAAAGGCGAAAUGCAAAUUUAUUUAUAUUUUAGCUGUUUGAAUUAUUUCUAUAUAUCUAUUCCAAUUAGAUAUUUCAAUUUUUUGCAUUCUCUUAUUAUACGUUUAAUUCCCCUCCUUUUCUUUCCAAAAAAUAAAAUCAAUCAAUUUCGGCUGGUCUGAAUUUAUCUAGUAUAGGAGAAUAUUAAAAAAAAAUUCGAUAAAUAUUAAAUCAUUCACAAUAGGGACACAUUAUCUCGGUUAAGAGGUGAUGAUUAAGGGAAUGAGAGAUUAACGCAUGUGUUUUGGCUUUGAGCCUCGGAGUAAUUCAAUCAAUUGCCUGCCAAUUAGUUUUGUCAUUAUUUCAAAUAAAUUCUCCCACUAUUACAGAUUGAACAAAAAAUAAUUCUCUUGAACUGUUACUUCCAUUCACACAAAUGUCCAAUCUUCGUGUGUGUAAUCCCUUUACAAACAAUUGAAAUUAUUUAUCCCUUAUAACCCGAAGAGAAAAAAUAAUAAUAAUCCAAGCCAAGAGAUGGUAAUGAAGAUGUGCAUAAUAGAUAAAGAAAAAUACUAGAUAAAGUGAUGAAUGAAAUAAAAGUGCAGGCAUAGAGAUAUUUAAAAAAAUGUUCACUGGCGCAGAUGGUAUGACACAUUGUGAUCUAUAUAAAAUUAAAAAAAGCAUCAACAAGUAGUAAAUAUUUAAGGUAUAUAUAUAUUAUAUAUAUAUGUUACGAAUAAAACUUUAAUGAAAGAAAAAUGAGGAAAUAAUUGAGAUAUAUUGAGACACGAUUAAAUCGAUAAAACACCAUACACAACGUACAGUUACACAUUUGCGGUCUAGGGAUCUCGCUGAUUGUAUACUAAUUGAAAAUGAGAAAUAAUCACACUGCACUGCACUGAGGUAACAAAUUAUUUUUUAUGAGAAUCCAUUUAGUUGAGACAAGUGUGUAUUGUAUCCACGGUUACGGAAUUUCUAGGCCAUUCUCACUGGAUUGUGAUAAUGAUCACCAAAUUGCUUGAGAGCAUGAUAAUGUCAGACAUGUCUGUGAAUAAAUUAAACUAAUUGUUAUUAAUUUUCUUAAAAUACUUGAAAUUUUCUUAGCAAAAGAAAUUAAUGGAGUUUCUUAAUAUUCAUAAUUAUUAAUCGAUUUUAUUCAAGAUUAUAGACAACUUAACAAUCCUCUAGAGCAAUAUAAUUAUGAUCAUCAACGCCUAGUCGGGAUCCCCUGGAAAAGUAACAUUUUUAUUAAAAUGCAUACUUCUCUCAGAAUAAUGAAUAUUUGGGAGAAUAAUUUUUCUUGUCAGUGUGGAGUGAUGGAAUAGGAAUUAUAAAAAAAUCAGAACAAAGAAAAGAUAUUGGAGAUAUUGGAGAACGAUUGUACCGCAGAAGGAAAAUAACGAGAUGAACUUUAAAAAUGUGAAAACAAGUGGACAACUACAAACGUACCUUUAUCGCGGAUAUGACAAAGAGUAAUAAAAUACGUCUCAACUUGUGGAAAAAACUAAUGAAAAAUUGAGAUGAUGGAAAAAACGAUACACGACGCUCCUGCCACGCAGCGAGUUCUUAGACAGCUUUAAGAUUAAUAUUGAUAAAUUAUAAGUAAUAAUUAUUGAAUAAUAACGAUGAACUUUCUAUAUGUUGAAUCGUGUCUAGUGAGAGAAAUGAAUUAAAUGAUUAAAAGAAGAUUUAAUGUUAAAGUAAUUAUUCAAUGGUAAAAUGCUGAAGAUUAAUGAUUGCUACGUUUUAAUGAUUAACAAGUGAAUUUUAUUUGUCACUUGGAACGAUUAACGAAUUUAUUUUCCAAACUUCUCCCAUUUGUUCCGUUCUCUUUCAGUUCUCUCAUCUAUUUUCGUAAUUAUGAGUUCAAAAAGUCGAUAAAGAUAUCUAAAAAAAAACCCAUAACAAUAAUGAAAAAAAAAAAAAUGUCUGGAUGUUUCGUUGGUUGUUUUACAUAAAUAAUGUUACACGGUUGAUGAAUCGCCACCGUUUAGCCGAUUAAAAUGUUAAAGCGAUGAAAAGUAAAAAAAAUUAUAAAAAACAAUGAAUAACUAACAAAAAAAAAUGAUUAAAUCGUAGCCGAAUAAUUGCGAUGGCUGUUUUUAACGCGUGGGGUUUCAAUUACUUAACAAUUUCAUCGUUUGUCGUAACAAUCAAUCAAUUUGUGCUACUGUCGCCACCGAUAUUCAAUGAAAUGCAUAAAAUCUAUGAAAACAAUAUUAAAUAAUCCGUGGGAAGGAGAUAAAUCUAUUUUCUCUAUUAUUGCUUCCCCACGCGCGUUAAUUAUAGAAAAGUAAUGAAUUGUUAAGUCGACUAUUGUACGAUUCAAUGACUCGUUUGCCUGAUAAACAAUUCGCUGCCGAACCUAACGAAUUUCUGCGAUCUAUUAUAAUCUCAAAGGAAUAUUAUACCAAUUAAUUAAUCUGAGUUAUUAUAAUGAUUAUACACUGUGGUUUAAUAGUAUAAUUUUUGAGCUUUCAUUAAAUUCUUGAUUUCUCUAUUGAUUCAUCUAGUCCCGAGCGUUUCACUUAGUUUUCUUUUCUUUCAUUUCAUCUAGCUAAGCUUUCGAUUAUUGCAUUUUUUAAUCUAUUCAUUAAUUCUGUUCUGCUUCUGAUGUACCGUGUCACAGUCAAUAAUAAGAAAAAUUAUAUUAAGAAACACGAGAGACCACGAACGAUAUUAAAAAUGAAAAACUAUUAAAUGUAGAAUAAAUUUUGGGAGAAAAGUUUGUAGAUAAACUCGUGUGAGUGGAUUUAAUGAAAUUUAAUGAAUUACACGCAUUAUAUUUUACAAUUUUAUUCCCACGUUAAAAUAAUCAACGGAAAAAUUCAUGUAUUUGCGCGACAGAAACAGUUCAUCAUUAGAAAUAGCAUUGGAUAUUUUGUUUUUUUCCCUGUUUGAUGUAAGAAAUUAUAAAAAAAAAAGCUAACAGAGAAUUUUUCUUUUAUAAUAAUUUAUCGUGUGUAUAUUUCUACCCUCCUACAAAUAUUCUCGUUGAAGCACUUCAAUUCAUUUGUUUGGGUUGUAUCUAUUGAUCGGGGGACACGUAGAAUUCGUUGGAAUUUUAUAAAUAAUUGGAUAAAAAAAUGAUGGGAGAUACCAUUGAAUGUGCAAGGAUUCUGAGAGUAGAAAAGAAUAGCACAUCACUGCCAUGUUCUUAAAUUUCAAAAGAAAAAUUAACUGAAUAUAUAAAAACAAUCGUCCCCCUCCCCAGUAUCAAUUAUAAUUGAAUUUUUCAAUUAAUUUCGUACAACAAACUCGCUGCAUUGAAGAAUAAAUAGGGAAUAAAUUUAGGUGCAAGAGCGUCGUGAGGACAAUGCAAAGACGUAUGAAAUAUAUAUAUAUAUAUACAUAUAUAUAUAUGUAAAAACAAAAAGAAUUAAUGAAGAGAUAAUUCGUAGCACGGUAGCAUGAGUGUUCAAACGAAGAAGUAAUUAACGAUUAAUUAUCGAAGAAUAAAAAAAUCACGUUUCGUUUCCUCUGACAGCACACGAUCGAGUUAAAAAAAAAAAUGACAAAAUUAUGGCGAUGGUAGCUAUAGGCCUGAACUGUUUGUUAAAUAAACAAAGAGAGAGGAAAUCUUUAAUUGGAGAUAAAUGUAAAUGUACGCAUGUGAUUAAUUCCCAAUUGCACACGUACACUCAGAGCAGCAAUGAGGAAAAUUAACGAUUAAUUGAUUACUAUAAAUAAAAAGAAUUUAAUGAGAAAUAUGUACUUUACUGGAAAAUUGGGUGGAAAAUAAAAGGCAGAUCAAUGGUUUUAGAUAAA